GCAUCAACUUGCAUAUAUGCUAGUCGAUUAACCUAAGGCUUAUUGUUGGAAAGCUUCGCUAGAGCAGGUUCCUGGUAGUGGUGGUGGCGUCUUAUUAAUUGUAUCGUGACUAGAGUGCUUGUGUCUUUGAAGUCAGUUGAAACCCAUCAGCGAAAUGAAGCAGUUGUAUGUGCUGACCUGGCUGUGCCUCUAUGCCUACAUACCCGAUGUAGGCUCCGGAGCAGACCUACCUGCUGACGUGGAUAAGUGCCGCUUUGGAGAUUCCGAAUGCAUUCUUAGCUCCAUUAAUGCGCUGAUCAAGCGCUACCCUCAGGGCAUUCCGCAGAUCGGACUCCCGCGCCUAGAUACGUACCGUUUUCCAGACACCAGUAUUCUGGACUCGCCGCAACGGGGACCCAUCUGGUUGAACUUCCGGAUGCGGGACAAUGUGCACCGGGGCUUUAACAACGCCACUGUUACCCACGUGGAGGGCUUCCUGCGGCAGCCCAAUCAGAAGCAGAUCGUUCUGAAGGCCCAUUUACCGCGACUCCUGCAUGAAGCCACCUACGAUCAGGUGGGCAGGUUUCUGCUGUUCGCAAUCAACACCACCGGCAGGUUGCAGUCUGAUUUCCAGAACUUCAGCCUCACCCUGACCAUUAAAGUGAUUGAGGAGUACCGGAAUAACAAGCGCUACCUGAAGGUCUACAGUCUGGUGCCAAAAAUCGAUUUAGAUCGCUGGAUUAUCUGGCUCGAAGACCUGUACAAGGAAAACAUGGACGUGACUAUAGCUGUGAACCAGAUAUUUAACGAGAAUUGGCUGGAGUUCUGGAAUGAGUUACAACCAGGCCUGAUUAAAUCGUUCACAACAGCCUUUACCACCUUGCUUAACAGGGUGUUCCAGAAUGUCGCCUAUGACGACAUGUUUCUGCCCGAUCUGGACAUACGAUCGGGCUUAUAGGGUACCCUAACUGCGGAUAUCUUAUGAAGGUUUUUGAUUAAAUAGAGAUUAGGACUAGUCGAGUGAAGCAACUAAAAUUAUUCAACUUAAAAUUAUUCAAAUGGAAUGGUCUAAACCCAGCAAAAAGAA